ACGGUCCGAAAAAGAUAAUAUGCAAUUUAAUCUUUCAUGAUCUUUCAAUAAACGGGCCUAGCAUGGUCCAUUGAGCAGGUAACCGCAUUCAUCUCGUCCACGUCCGGCCAUUCGUUUUGCUGUUGUUAGGGCUGCAGAAGGAGAGACGGGCAUUCAGCGAGCUGCUCGCGAACUGGCUCCCUCAAAACUCGAUUAGUGUUCGUUUGAAAGGGUCUAUAUGGACUCGGGGCAUGUAAGAUUGGAGUUCUAACAGUAAGAACUAUAGCUGGAGGGAUUUAGAGAAAAUGUUCCGACAAUUACAACAAAGCAGCACAGUUUCUGGACACCAAGAUAUCGUCUGAGCUAGAUUAUUUUAAACAACACCUUCCUCAAGCCAGGAGAGUGUUUAUGGACUUGUAUAAUCCUUUGUUUGAUCUCAUAGAAAACCCAGAAGAAUAUGGGUUGAUGGAGACCUCAAUUUUAUGUAACAAAUUGAAUCCAGCCAUUUGUACAGCGGAUGCGUAUGAUUAUUUAUUUUGGGACAGUGAUCAUCCUACAGACAAAGCAUACAAGAUCCUCGUCUCUCUAUUCCUGCAGAAGGAACAACAACAAUCUAGAAACAAUUUCAAAAUGCAAUUUCCCUCCCUACGGAAGGGUUUUCCGGGACAGGUAGCCACCGGAAGAUUCUGCAAUGGAAAAGUCCCUUCUGAUUUGAUUGCUAAAGCUUUUGGAGUGAAAGAUACCAUGUCAGCAUAUCUUGAUCCAAAGUUGAAAGAUAAAGAUCUCCCAACAGGUGUAUGCUUUGCUUCUGGAGGCUCAGGACUUGAUGAUUUAACAGCUCGAAUACAGUCAAUUUUGACACUUAUCAGAUCAGUUAAGUCUCUUCAAGAAGUACCAGGCCAGGCUUAAAGGAGUUGUUGGAGAACACAGAGCAAAAUCAAUCAUAUCAGAAAGCAUAUUUCUUGUGUCUUCAGGAAAUAAUGACAUUGCCAUCACCUACUUUACUCCCAAAUUAAGAGUACUUGAGUAUGAUCUCAAUUCCUACACUUCUCAAAUGGUCAAAUGGGCUUCAGACUUUAUCAAGACCAUAUACUUGGUAGGAUUUAUAUGGCCUAGGGGCGCGAAGAAUAGCUUUCUUUGGUACGCUACCAUUGGGAUGCCUACCGGUGGGAAGAACAUUAGCAGGAGGGGUACUUAGAGUGUGCUCAGAGUCUGCAAAUUGGGCCGUGGAAAUGUUCAACUCUAAACUACAAUCCAAGCUCAUAAAUCUAAAACACAAUCUUACCGGAGCUAGAAUAACCUACGCAGAUAUUUACAACCCGCUCGACAAUCUCAUAAAAAAUCCUAAAAAAUCAGGUUUAGAGGUUGGCGAUAGAGGAUGUUGUGGUACAGGAGGGUUUGAAAUAGCUCCAUUAUGCAACCGUUUGAGUCCAUUUACAUGUCUAAACGCAUCAAAGUAUGUGUUCUGGGAUUCCGGCCAUCCCUCGGAAAAAACAUAUAAAAUCAUCAUCCCCAAAAUCCUCCCGAAAAUACGUAGCAUUUGAAUGAUUUCUCAUUGUGCUAAGUUCAGUUUAGAUGAAUAAAUUUGUCAGGUUAGGCUCUUAAAGAUUUUUAUGUCUUCAGUUUAUAGACUUGUAGAAUGUAGAGUGCUGAUGCUACGACAUGCAUGUUGCCUGUUACAGAAGCCUUAGAAUUUCAAUAUUGUCAAGUUUGGGCAACUGGCAGUACUACUACCUUAAAUUUGGCAACCUAUACUAUAUGUUUUAUUUUAAGGUUCUUGAUUUACUUCGUCUUACAUCUCUCUCUGUACA